AGUCAGUGCGCAAAUAUGAUGGCGGCCGCGUAGGUACGCGGAAGCGAGUGCACACGCGAAUGCGAAAGUCGCGCAGCCGGCAAUGCGUGUGGUUUGUUGCGUCUGAAAAAGUUUGUGAAACUCUCACUACCCUUUUGUUCAGUCGAACUUGAAUUUCUGUACGGCUCUUUGCGAGGCUUGGGCACGAUCUCCUUGAGAACUUGUCUGCUAUUGCAAUGACGUCCCCACUGAAACCUUGGGAAACAUGCGCUGCGGGUCGCCCGUCUACAUCGACCGCCGAGCACGUCAACAAUUCUUCCUGGGACGACAGCCUUGCAAGUAAUGGUGGGCUGCCGAAUGGCCCCGUGGGCCAGCCUCACGUGACCCACCAGCCACCAACUGUACCACCAAGGCCGAACCAACAGCCACUGCAUGGUGGCUCUGGAUAUGGCUAUGGCUAUGGAUCGGCCAUCUCCCCAUACGGCACUCGCUAUGGCUAUGGAGCUGGUGCCUAUGGAUACAAUAACGGCCUUUACGCGACCAACGGCAUUUAUGGGACCAGUGGCUUGUAUGGAACAGGUGGCAUGUAUGGAGCAGGUGGUUCGUAUGGAGGUGGCCCCUUGCAACAGCUAGCAGAAGAAAGCACCCGAGGUGCAUUUCACUCGGUCGAGGCUGUUGUCCAGGCAUUUGCAUCGGUGAGCUUGCUGCUGGAGUCGACAUACCAGGCACUGCACAGCUCGUUCCGUGCUGUAGUUGGUGUUGCGGACCAGUUCGGCCGACUGAAGCUACACCUAGCACACACGUUGUCAGCACUGGCCCUGGUUCGCUCCCUUCGGUGGCUGCUGCUCCGGGCCUGGUACCUGCUGCGAGGGCGCAGUGGCAUGACGGAGGCUGCCUGGAACCAAGCAACCAGAGCGGGAUCAGCGAUUCCUUCCACAAGCCCACCUCCAACGGAUGGCUCUUCCAGCUGGCCCAUCGUGGCUUUUUUCAGUUUUGUCGUAGGUGCACCAUGGCUCCUGUGGAGGAUCUUCAGCGCAGCAGCUCGCAGGGAGGCUCGGUGGGCAUUUGGGGAGGAGGAACACCAUGUGGCCGUCGCACUGUACGACUUCCAGCCUGAAGCACCUGGUGAAAUAGCAAUCAGGGCUGGGCAGGAGGUGCGCCUGGCACCAAAAGAGCUACAGCCUCGAGUGCGUGGCUGGCUGCUGGCCAGCUUGGACGACGGUCGCCAAGUGGGCCUGGUGCCGGCAAACUACGUCAAGGUGCUGGGAGUACGACCAGCCAACAAGGGCGCCACAGCAGAAGUAGCACCACCACCACCUUGACUUCCUGCUUAGCCAUUACUGUUCCUCUGUACAUAGUCUGUGGAUGUUGAAAAAUUAAAAUAAUUUGCAUAUUUAGGUUAA